GGCGCCGUGCUCUGCCGGUGAUUGGCCUAAGCUCCGAUCACGAAUCAAACUCUUCCCAAAAGUCGCAGGGGGGAGAAAUGGGAACGAGAAGCAACUUGUACAAGAAUCCUUCCUUUGUGUAUAACAAAUCCUUCAAUCUGAACUCCGUUCUCCGGAAUCUCGAUGCUUACAAUGUCGUCACCUGCAACCCUCCCCCGCCGCCGACGGUGGAAAAGCCCGAUUCCGACGAUACUGGUGCCGUACGCAGCAAACGCCGACGGACUGGGAGAAGGAAUCCGGUUGGGAGCAAUGAAAUUGCAGCGGAGGUGAAUGAUAAGCCAUUGUCUCACCACGAAUACAUCGAUGAGAGAAGGAAGGAGGUUGCUUCACGUCAUCCUUAUGAAGAACUGGGGGCGGAUGUACUGGAGACCUCGAGUUCAGUUUUGAAGUUGGUAGAGUACGAAGGUUCAACUUCAAGUAGUUCAUCGGAAUGCAAAGACAAGCAUGGUCCUAGUAACUCUAGCCUGCAAGCCCGCCAAGCAGAUACUUCUUCGGAAAAUCAGAAUCUCCAGCCAUUUGGUUUUACAAAUGAAGAUCGAAUUAAGACCUGGAGUGAGCAGCGGGCCUCUCUGCCUGGGGAGCCUGUUUGUGUGGUGUGUGGAAGAUAUGGAGAGUACAUUUGCAAUGAGACUGAUGAUGACAUAUGCAGCAUUGAUUGCAAAAAUGAGCUUCUAGGAAAACAUAACAAGCUCAAUAAGGUGCCCUUAAGUGCUCAAAUCCCCGAAGAGCGCUUUGACAAUAAAUGUGGCUCGGUAGUUCCUGAAUCAGGAGGGGACUCCUGGGAAUUUGAGAAUCAUCGGUGGUCCAAGAAAAUAUCCGGGCUUUGUGCUUAUGAAUGUUGGAAAUGUCAAAGGCCUGGGCAUCUUCCCAAUGAUUGUCUGGUUAUGAAAUCCAAAAGCCAAUCCUUUCCAUCUGGUCAAUCGGGUGAAGCAAGCAGACAGCUGUCUGUGUUUCCAAGCAAAACGUGUUCCAUACCCAGAGAUCUUCUCGAUUUGUAUAAAAGGUGCCAUGAAUUUAGAAAGCAUUCACUGUCAGAAAAAUGCAACUCUUGCUGUAGGUCUACAUCUUUGGCAACCUGUCUUAAAUGUAGUAACACCUUUUGCGAUAGUGCAGGUCAUUUGAGCAAGCAUAUAAUCACACACCCCUCGCACCGACAAUACUAUUCCCAUAAGCUCAACCGUUUGGUGAAGUGCUGCAAAUCAACAUGCAAAGCAACUGAUAUCCAGGAUCUUCUGGCUUGCCACUACUGCCUGAACAAAGCAUUUAACAAGUAUUAUGAUGUUUACACUGCAACCUGGAAGGUUGCAGGACUUUCAAUUAUCUGGGGUUCCAUUUGCUGUGAAGACCAUUUCGAAUGGCACAGGAUAAAUUGCUUUAAUGCGGGUGUUGAAGAUAGUGCAUAUAUCGUUGCCAAACGCUCCACAGACGACAGCUAUGCCUUGAGCGACUUCAUUUUUUGAAGAUGAAAGAAAUGAUGAAAAAGAUUCUUUUGCCCGUAUGUUGGCUAGAAUCAGACCUGAUUUUGCUUAAGAUCCUGCAUUAAUUAUGAUUAAUGUCUUGCUUUGGGUCUAAUUUUGGGAUUUUAAUCGGUUUGAUUUGGCUUGCUAUGUGCACCUAUUUUGAUCACUUGUCUUAGCCUUUUUUUUUGCACAAGUUUCAAUUGGCUUUUGUACUCGUUUUGUAGUGUAGAAACUUGAAAUGUGGACACGUUUAUUUUAUUUGUAUAUUGGUGUGAAAAUUAAAAAUAAAAUUUAUUUAUUAUC